AAAACAUCUAAAAUGGGGAAGCAGAACAGCAAACUCCGCCCAGAGGUGAUGCAGGAUCUGCUGGAGAGCACAGACUUCACCGAAGCUGAGAUCCAGGAGUGGUACAAGGGCUUCCUGAGAGACUGCCCCAGCGGGAACCUCUCCAUGGAGGAGUUUAAGAAGAUCUACGGUAACUUCUUCCCUUACGGAGACGCAUCCAAGUUCGCAGAGCACGUCUUCCGCACCUUCGACGCCAACGGGGACGGGACCAUAGACUUCCGGGAGUUCAUCAUCGCUCUGAGCGUUACGUCUCGCGGCCGCCUGGACCAAAAACUGAAGUGGGCCUUCAGCAUGUACGACCUGGACGGGAACGGAUACAUCAGCAAGGCAGAGAUGCUGGAGAUCGUACAGGCGAUCUACAAGAUGGUUUCCUCUGUCAUGAAAAUGCCGGAGGAUGAGUCGACACCUGAGAAACGCACAGACAAAAUCUUCAGGCAGAUGGACACAAAUCGUGAUGGUAAACUGUCUCUGGAGGAGUUUGUUGAGGGAGCAAAGAACGAUCCGUCUAUCGUGCGGCUGCUGCAGUGUGAUCCCAGCAGCGUAGGGCAGUAGAAGAACGUACUGUCUGCAGGCUUCUAGUAUUAUUUAUUCAGGUCAAAGCAUUCUCCUUCAAUCACCCAGUAGUGACUAACUGUACAACAGAUCGACAUCGAGCAGAUCAAAAUGGACCCAAGCAGAGGAGCCACAUACUGGACCAUCACAUACUGGACCAUCACCUACUAGACCAUCACAUACUAGACCAUCACAUACUAGACCAUCACAUACUGGACCAUCACAUAUUGGGCCAUCACAUACUAGACCAUCACAUACUGGACCACCACAUACUAGACCAUCACAUACUGGAGCAUCACAUACUGGACCAUCACAUACUGGACCAUCACAUAUUGGACCACCACAUACUAGACCAUCACAUACUGGAGCAUCACAUACUGGACCAUCACAUACUGGACCACCACAUACUAGACCAUCACAUACUGGAGCAUCACAUACUGGACCAUCACAUACUAGACCAUCACAUAC